AUGACGAAGAAAAGCAGUGAUGUUAGUCGUAGGGUCUGGAACUUGUUACGUCUGGCAUUGCUGUGGGCAAGAAAGAGCGGGGUGUUUAAGAGAUGUUUGACGAUGGAGGUUGGUGUGUUGAGAAAAUUCAUCAAAAGUUUAGGACCCAACACUCCACGGGAUCAGAUUUAUUAUGGAGAGCGGGAGCUUUCCUUUGACAAGACUCCUAUUUUCAAUGCGAAGAUGCAUCAUCCUGCUUCCAUGAGAUAUCUUAUUCCUUGCAUGGCCCCGCCUGUUGAUUUUGAUUAUGAUUUUGAUAUUGAUGAUCAUUAUCAUGAUGAGGGAGAUGGAGGUUAUGCUUAUGAUUAUAGGAGGAAGAGUUGCUUGAAGAAUGAAGAAGAAUAUGAAGAGGCAACUACUGAAGAGAAGAUUCCAUUGGAGGAACAAGGAAUUGACUUGAGAGCGGAGGAGUUCAUAGCCAAGUUUUACCAACAAAUCAAAAUGCAAAGACAGAUUUCAUAUUUGGAGAGACUAAAUAAAAGCACUACUUAG